ACGGAAUCAAAUCCAGGAGCUGCGUCCCGCUUCCGGAGGUCGUCGUCACUGCUAGUUCAUGCUUGCUGGCUCCAUAGCAUUCAGCAUUCGAGCAUUCAUUAGCCAACUACAUCGUCGUGGAGAAACCUCUGGAGCUUUGGACCCUUGUGUAAUCAGUCAGAAUGUCUUGGGGAGGACUUAAGAAAGCGACGUCCCGUAUGGGAACGACGUUGAUGCAGAAAACCGGUCAGAUUGAACGAACAGUUGAUCGAGAAUUUGCAGAGGAAGAGUCAAAGUAUAGAAUACUCGAGAAGGAGACUGGCAAUCUGCAAAAAGAAGCAAAGUCAUACCUGGACGCUAUGCGGGGCAUGUCGGCAUCUCAGACUCGAAUCGCAGAAACAGUGUCGAUGUUCUACAGCGCCGACCGUGCUAGCGACGGAGCAAUGUCAGGUCAUGCCUACAAAGCGGCCGUAGACGAGCUGGACGCAGGAGUCGGUCGAGAUCUCGAUGCUCCUUUCCGCGCGACUGUCUUGGAACCAAUCGGCAAACUCAACUCUUAUUUCACCAACACCAACGCAGCUAUAGAGAAGAGGAAUCACAAGAUGUUGGACUACGACUCGGCUCGUGCCAAAGUCAAGAAGUUGGUCGAAAAACCGUCCGAUGACCCUACCAAGCUUCCGAGAGCGCAAGCAGAGCACGAUGAAGCUAGGGACAUUUUCAACAUUCUCAACGAUCAGCUUAUCUCAGAAUUGCCACUGUUGGUAGAUCUGAGAAUACCGUAUCUGGAUCCAUCAUUUGAAGCAAUGAUUAGGUGUCAGAUGAGAUUUGCCGAAGAGGGAUAUGAGAAGCUGUCUGGAGUGCAACGGUACUUUGCCGAUAGCGUACGUGACGAUUACGCCAAUGGUGCUCUCGAUGGCCAAGUGGAAGGUGUACUGGACGAGAUGAAGGGACUGUCGAUCUGCGGACCAUAGGCACCGGGCAAAUUCCAGCGUUGUACAGAAACGGAUGCAUCGAAAGGCCACCAAAAUC